AUGAGACUAUUUUCUGCUAGUCAUUAUGAGUUCUUACGUUUGCAGGUUUCUCAACCUUGCCAUAAAAUGGUGGUUGGCUGCCGUUUUGCAGGUAGCGAAUUGAACUGCAGUCAAGUUUUUCAUCCAAUUGUCACAGAUGAAGGACUAUGUUGUGUAUUUAAUAUGCUGCACCCAAAAUUCAUGUAUAUCGGAGAAAAUCCUUUUGUAGUGAAAAGAUUUUCUACUGACACGAAUGUUCCAGUUGAUUGGUAUGCAGAACGUGGAUAUCCCAAAGAUUUAUCUAAGGAUUUGAACUUCUUUCCGCGUACUACACCUGGAGUCGGAGAAUCUUUGGGUUUAUCAAUUACACUAGACGUGCAGUAUGAUGAAUAUUAUUGCUCUUCUGGUAAUAGCGUUGGUUUCAAAAUAGCCAUACAUAGUCCGAAUGAAUCACCAAAUGUACUUGAAACAGGUGUACUGGUAGCACCGGGACGUGAAACUAAACUUAGAAUACGCCCAGAAAAAAUUGAGACAGAUCAACAUUUACGUACAGUAAAAAAGAAAUAUCGGCACUGUUUAUUUCACAAUGAAGGACGCUUGAAAUACUUUGCUCACUACACACAACGUAAUUGUGAGAUGGAAUGUAUCGCAGAAAUGGUACUCCAGCAUUGCGGUUGUAUUAGUUUCUAUAUGCCAAAAGUUUAUGAAAAUGUUACUAUUUGUUCAAUUUACAAAAAUUCAUGUGUAGAAAAAGUACGUCUACGCAAAGAUCCUACAAUCGAGUCCUGCAUUGAUAAAUGUUAUCCAAGCUGCUAUGACUUGACAUUUUAUGUUGACGUUUUCACUGCAAUAAUCUCACAUUAUGGUUUUGAAAUUGUAAAUCAAAAAGUAGAGGAUUUUGAUCAUAUAUAUGUGGAAAAGAAUAUCGGUGUAGUCAAUAUGUAUUUUAAAGAGAAUUCCUUUCGAAGUCAUUUACAAACAGAAUUUAUUGGUAUAUCGGAUUUCUUAUCUAAUGUCGGUGGCCUCAUGGGUCUAUUUCUUGGUUUUAGUUUCAUAUCCAUUGCUGAAUUUUUUUACUUCGCUAUAAUGCGUCCAUGUCGUUCGCUUCUAAAACGAAAAAACUCCAAAGGAAUUGCGGUGAAUUCAAUACCUGUUAGUGGUACAAUCAAGAAAUUAUCGAAAUCUCAACGAAAUCAUUUAUCUGAUAUGCGAAAAUAUUCCAAACAGCAUUUUGUUGAUUGUGAAAAAAUUGGUAAACGUAAGAUUUUUGAUAAAUUUAUGGCAUCGCAACGGUGCGAUGAGGAUAACAUUUUUGAAUAUAAAGAUGAUAAUCUCUUAAGUAUUUCAAAGUCGUUGGAGUCCAAGGAACACAAACAAGAAGAUUUCAUUUCAUAA